CAGCAACAGUCCAUUGUACACGUCAACCGCCUCUCAUCCCCCGCCCCCCCCAUGCCCACCCUCCGACGGGGCUCAGCUGCCUCGCCCCACCACUCCUUCUCCUCCCCCAGCGCCCCCCGCUUCCGUCAGCCAGACAUCGCCUACCACGCCAACGACGCCGCUAGCAUCAUGAGCAGGCCUGAAAAUUCGACGGGAGAACAAAAGGCUCUCAAUGGCCUCGUCAACAAGCUCGUCCACAAGCUGCCCUGCAAUUCGGGCAUCCAGUUGACCAUCCUGGAGCAAGAUGCUGGCGUCAAGGCCACGGUCCAGUCGAUUCUCCAGCUGUCGCGUCUACGGCUGCCUCUUGUCGCCCACGCGUUGGUCGGUGCGCUCGAAACGCUAUCAAAGUACACCAACCCGUAUCAUUUCUUAGCGGACAUCUCACUGGAAGUUCUCCAUUCUCAACUAUACCUCCUCCACGUCCUGAAUCUCUGCUUCUCCACCUCAUGGCGACUACACGCCCAAUCCAAUGCUCCUCAAUCUUCCGACGUCCCCAGGCCGUGGUCCGACCCUCCACCGUUUGACGAAAGCCUUGCAAAAUACGUCCUAAGCGUACUGCUGGUCUAUACACGCUUGGUCUCCUUAGAAUCAGACUUCCUGGACAUCGGCGUCCAGCCCGUCAGAGAACAGAGGAAUACCGUCUCAGGGUCCUCUUCCUCCUGGGGCAAGGGCGCUGCUACAUCCAGCGGGUACUCUUUGGGAACGAAAUUCCUCCUGCAACACUCCUAUCCUUUGACUCAACAACAGCCGUCUGCAGAGCGGCAUAUCUCGCCAAAUUGCACUACAACAACGGGCACAAUAGCUCAGAUGACCAAAUGUGUUGCCCGCGCAGUCUUUUAUCUCUCCGCUGCCAACUGGCCACUGGUCUUUAGCCAGACCAAAAAGCGGAUACAAUACCUCACCACCACCAUUGAGGACGCUCCAGAUCUCAAUGAGCUCCGGCUGAUUGAGUGGGUCAAUGUCGACCAGAGUCGAUUAUCGCAGCUUCUAGCUGAAGUCACGAACGCAUUUCUGCAUACGAAGCGCCCGGCUCAAUCAACUAUCGCGACUAUGUUGCGAAAGGCCAUCCGGAACUGGAUCAGCAUAAAUCCAAAAGAGUACGAGCUCUUCAUCGAGACCGGGAGGAAAAUGGAUGGUGGACCCGAUGCCUUGUUCGACGUGCUCUACUCGAUGUCUGACCUCGGCUCGUUCUCAAAUUCCAAACGCACCAAGGCAUUCUAUCCGCUCAUGUCUAUGCUUUUGGUCCUCUGCCCAGACACCCUCAAACGACUUGUCAUGGGAGAAUCUGCCCGAGGAAGCUCUAGCUUUUCAAAAAAGAUAUAUUUCUUGGACAGUUUCAAAAAGGGUCUCAACUCUAGCAAGGGGUUUGAAGCCUGCGCGAUUUGCUAUGUUGAGCUCAUGAGCGCAGGUAUGGCUUUGACGCCUCGGCUAGACGGAUCCGGGAUCAGGAGCUUCAUUCCCGAUAUUCAGAACGACCUUAAGAAUGCGCUUUUCUACUCGCCUCUGUCGAAUGAGAUAUCAGACAUGAACGUUCUUGUAGAAGGGCUGGUAGCUCUCUACCGAGCAAACCCCACGACAACGGGAGGUCUACUAUUUCCCAAGCUCUGGAAUGACUCUGAAUCGAGCAAGGUUGUUGCAGUGAAGGCCUGCAUAUUGAUGGCGGUGGAGGGAGGGAGACUACCGUGGCACCCGCCUGUAGUCGACAUCAUGCGUGAAGUUGGCCCGUCAAUACGUGGCCUUAUCAAGGCUCAUGCCAUGUCUGUCACCGCAGACAGACUCGGCCCUCGCCGGCCUAGAGGAAGCAUUGAACUUCCUGGAGUCCAGAACGACCUCGCGUACGAGAUCCUCAGCCUUUAUGCCCUGGAGCCUUCUUUCGCUCUCAUCAAUGUCCGCCUCGAUAACUCUUCCGACAGUGUCUCUUCCAUCUUUCUUGCCUUGGCUUCUCUUUUGGUCAUUCCAAACCCUGAAAUCAUCCGGACUGCCACAGCCAAAACGAGCAUUUCGUUGAUCAAUCACAUUUGCGAGGGCUGUGGGCAAGGCGAAUCGAUGAAGAAUCUCGGCCAUAAUGCCGCGGGUGGACUGUGGCAGAUGCUGCUCGAUGUGGGUCGGCAGAUGCUCUUUGCUUUCCACGACGGCGACUACGACGAGAUCACAAUCUCUGCCACUUCCAUGCGUGAUAUGCUUUAUGCUAUUAUCAAACUAGCAGAGGCCUAUCCGGAAGUCCUUUUUCCGUCCUCGAAAGCCCAACCCGCAGCGAUGGUCGUUUCUGCAGCGGGCUAUGUCUGCAUUGUGUCCCCAGACGUCGAACAAAUCGCCCUCACGCUUCCGUCAUUCAUGGCGCUGGGAAAGCUAACGAUGCUGGCCCACCGGUCGGCCUCUGGCGAAGUCAUUACCAACGUCUACUCUCAGUAUCCGCAAUCUCGAGCCGUGGUGUUCGAACGGCUUGCUGUGUUACCCACGGCUGUCGGCCGCCAACAGCAACAGCGUAUGAUCAGACGCACCUUGAGGCCCAUGGCCAAAGGGUCGACGCUCACGACUUCCGUGUGGGUUGGGUUGCUUUCCAUUUGGGAAAGCUUGACAACCAAAAUUAUUGCAUUCGAGGCUGGAAAUACCAUGACUUCAAGAGAUCGAAGGAGAGUCAUGACCGCCGAUAUCGAAGGCCUUGACGAGCAAGAGUCGAAAGAGUGGCAGAAUCUGACGUACUUUUUAUGCUCCAUCACAUCAGUGGGAAUUUGCACUUCACCGCCGAGCUCCCUUUCUUCAGCAAUCGGUAAAGAAGGUCUACUUCCCGCGGCGUACGAUCAAGACAUCUCGGAACCGCUCGUCAUCGUGGAAGGAUUCAUUAAACAAUGCGUAGAGCUACUUGUGACCAACUCUGUAGCGAUCAGAGAGUCUGUCAAGACUGCCCUAGGCUCCGAGUAUCCUACAAGCAUGUGCGGGCUGCUUGUAGCUCAAAUUUCCAAGCUCCUGAGUCACGCGUUUAGCCCUACUGGUGUCAGCGUCUCGGACGCCUUCAACACCCUUGUUGAACAGUCGGUCAACAUUCUCCGACUCCAGAUUGACCGCAUGGGCCCCGACAACGAUAUGCCUACCGUCCAGGUUGAGAUGGGCGAGCUCCUUCACAAACUCGGACAAUACAUUCAGAGAUCUGGUCGAAGUGAUCUUGCGAUUCGGCUGAAGACGAGGUACUGUCAAUUGGUGGAAGUGGCACUCUCCAAGAAGGACAAUGUCGUGGCGGAAAAUGGUCUCGGGCUGAAGAAUUCCGUCAUGGAGUGGUUGUGUGAAUGGAGCGUAGCCACCUCAAGAGAUGAUGUUUAUUCCGCUGGAAUAGAGUCACAUGGUCAUUCGCAGAGAGAGCUGGACCACGCUUGCCUCAAAGCUAUGGUACCUGUUACUGAGGGCCUGGUACUACGUCUCGGGGGAGAGGAGGCAGAGGAUCCUCAGAGAGUGCUCAAAUCUAGACUAUUCUACCGACAUUAUCACCAUCUAGUCAAGGUCAUCGAGAAGACGAACAAGGAAGAGACGCAAUCCACGAAUCAUCCUCCAUCUAUCCAGGGCCAACCAUCAACUCGGUCUGGUACGCCGGAGGACGCACCCACACUUGCCAUUCUGGCACUGUCAAAUCUAUUGUCCUCCAACAUCGAUGUUGGGCUCAAGCAUUGUCUUGCUCUUGGUUACCAUGACGACCCUGCUCUUCGCACGGUCUUCAUGCAGUUACUGACUAAUAUCCUCCAGCAGGGGACUCGAUUUGGUGGGCUCGCCGCGAGAAGAGCUUCUCUCGCUCCCAAAUUGUACUUGGAGAAUCUCACGAGCACCAACAUGGCACUUGCCCUUGCUAUGGUGGACGUUUGUUCCCAAUCUGGGCCCGAUAUGGACGAGCUUUCGACCUUGCUUUUCAGAGUGUUCGAAGGCAACGGGACCUUGCUUGGUUUCAUGAGACUCCUUAUCGAAAGAGAAGUCACCGUCACAAACCACGAGUCUGAGCUUUUCCGCGCAAACUCCUUGACUAUGAGGAUGAUAACCAUGUUUGCAAAAACAUAUGGUUACAACUAUGUACGAGCGACUCUUGAGCCACUGGUGCUCUCGCUCGCCGAAAAGCCGGCGGAAUGCUCAUUCGAGCUUGACCCCAGGAAGGCAUCUGCGACCGAUGACAUCGACAGGAAUGCGGAUCAUCUCAAAUUGAUGUGCCAAGCUCUUCUCGAUCUCAUAUGUGCAUCCACGCCCAAAGUCCCAUUGAUGUUCCGAGCUCUGUGUCAUCAUAUAUGGGAGGUUGUGGAUGAUCGUUUCCCCGACUCUCGGCACUCGGCUGUUGGAUCUUUCAUAUUCCUCCGAUUCUUUUGCCCAGCAAUUGUCUCUCCGGACACUAUCGAUCUGGACUCUGCGCCGGACAGCGCACAGACACGGCGCGCAUUGUUAUUGGUUACAAAAGUCAUCCAGAACUUGGCCAACAAUGUUGUAUUCAAGGAGCCGCAUAUGAAGAUGUUGAAUCCGUUCCUUGCGGAUAACAUCAAGCAGGUCACGAAAUUCUUGUCCGAUGUUGCCAUACGUCCCAAGACAGUCGAUGUCCAGAAUGCAGCCAAAGCCUUUCAAGAGGAUGCUGAAAAGUCUCAAGACUUGGAUGGAGACGACGCCAUUAUUCACCGAUUUGUUUACAAGAAUCAAACCAAGUUGGAGAGCUCGCUCACGGGCAUGCCGAAAUCGUAUCAUCAUUCCACCAGUGCCUCAAAAGUCGCGAGGACAGAGUGUGAUGGGAAAGAUGCGUUAGAAAAGCUGAGAGCGGUCAUGAAGGCUACGGGUCCGCCCGCCGACACAAAUCUCAUGAGUGCUUCGGCGAGAGCUCUAGCAUACGACGAGUUCAUGCGGCAAAAUCAAGGGCGCAAUGUCGAUAGUGUGAAGGACGUUUUCUAUGAAGGGCCAGCUAGUCAGAACGGGCGUCGAAUUUUCUACUUCGUUGUCGCAAAGGUGGCUUUGAUAGAUUACGAUUUACUUGCCUAUCACGUCUUCAAGUCGCUGGACAACGUGACAGAAUACUUCGAUGUGAUUAUCGAUCUUACUGAUUUCUCUUCCUCCACUGAGCUUCCGAUGGCUUGGUUAAAGAAGUCUCUACAGAUAUGCCCUUCUGCUAUCCUUUCAAGUAUCUUUACCCUCGUUCUGUACAACCCCAACACCUAUUCUCGUAAGAGACUCAAGAGGAUUAUUGCCGAGCUUUUGACUGUCAGCCCACCCGUGGGCAAGAAUGUCGCCGCAGCGAGCAGCCCGGGAGAAUUGGUCGACCACAUUCAAUUCAGCAGCCUGGCGCUGCCGGAGCACACCAUGGUGCUGGCCUACGAAGCCGACCACGUCUUCACGAACUUGGUGUGUCUGUCUGAACAUGGAAUGCGAGUACCAGUCAUGGUCAAACUUGGGCAUGAUUGUCUGCAAGUCGCAUCUUGGAGAAAACAAGAUCUCACCACCAACGUCAAAUCCUACAUUAUCGAUGUGGUCAAAUUGGCCGACAUUGAUGAUAUAGUCACUAGCGGUGGCAUUCCGGCAGAUCAGCUUGUCAUCAAACACUCUCAGAACGAGACCUUGAUCUUUGUAUCACGAAAGCGAAACGAGAUGGCGCAUAUCAUCAAAUCUGCUCGUGCAAGGCUUCGAGACGCUCCGAUCAAUUCUAGAGCCCUCCGUCCCUCGGAUGUCCCGGCAACUCUUUUGAACGUCGCCCUUCUGAACCUGAGCUCCGACAACGAGACCCUUCGAAUGGGUGCAUAUAUAUUGGUGCAGGAAUUGUCUCGAUUCUUCAAGUAUGAUCUUGCUGCACGAGUGCUCAAGGUUUCAGCCGGUUUGACCAUUCCCAACAACUCUCUAUCAUGGGUCCGCGACCUUUCCAAUGCGCUCGCCAACUCUGCCACGCACCUUACCCUUGAGUUCCUGAAAGAGUGGACGAUCGGUUUCUCAAAGGCCGAUAUCACACACAAGACAGCCUCUCUCCACUAUAUUGGGCCGUGGCUGCUCAACCUUGACCAGUUCAGUCGACCAACUCGCGAUGAUGCCGAGGAAAGUGUCAAGCAAGUGAAAGAGGUCAUCCGAUCAUUCAUCUCCAUUACUGUGGCAGAGCGCAGGCGUUUGCAUCUGACUAUCCAAGAGCAUCUGUGGAGUCCUUUGGCCAAAAGCCAUGGUAGUCUUGUCGACAUCAUGAUUUACGAGCUCAUAUAUGGUGCCAUCGACGCUGGCUUGGGUAGUGACAAAAUCGAGUGUAUAGCCGAUAUCCUCGUGUCCAUAUCAUCUACAAAUGUCCGGGGAAAGGUCGUCGCACGUCUUCGCAAAUCGCUUGCCCAGACCUAUCUCCGGCCCUCCAACCAUUUGACGGAAAACGCUACUUGGAACGAGGUGUGCGCUCUCGCACGCAUCACACUAGCUUUGGGAUUCAACCCAACAGCUGCCCUAGACACCCAGCUUUUCUUGCCGGAGAUAUUCCACGUAAUUACCCUGCUCCUCGGCGCUGGGCCGCUUGUAAUGCGUCAAACCGUCUAUGGGUUGCUGGUGAGUAUAAUCCACUCCUUGGCUUCCAACGCCACCUCCGGAGAGAUGGAUGGACCGGCCUUGGUAAAGCUGUCAAACAGACUUACAAAGCCGGAGAUGAUGGCUGCUUUUGGUGUCAGUCAGGGCCAUGGUCAUAUCGAACUGUCUGGGUUACCCAACAAAAACGAGACCGACGUACAUCUGCUGGACAGGGUUGAGGAGGUGUCAAAGUUCCUCGGGGAUGUCUUGACGGCUGGUGCUACCUCUGUCGAUUGUGCUAACGCUUGGCGGGCGCGGUGGAUGGGCCUUGUUGCCGCUACUUGCUUCCAACACAAUCCCGCCACCCAACCCCAAGCAUUCACCGUCCUUGGCUUCCUUGUGUCGGACGAAGUGGACGACGAUCUGAUCUACCAGAUUCUUGUCGCCGUGAGCACGGCACUUUCGCACUUUGCCGAAAGCCAUUCCAUCCUCAUCAUAAGCAUGCUUCGCUGCCUCAGCCGUAUCAUUCCUGGGCUCCUCCCCGAUAGCCGCUACGUCACGAGUCUCUUCUGGUUGGCAGUUGGCGUCUUGCAGCUCGGCUACAUCCCUCUGUUCGCUCCGGCACUUGAGCUGCUGAUUACGGCCCUUCGCUCCAUCCACAGCGCCAGCCCCGACGUCCCAUGCGCAGAGGUGAUGGAGUACGUACUGGACUCCAGAAGCGUGGUAGCAGACGAGACACAAAAGUUGGACCAUGUCUGUGGAGUCUCUUUCGACGUGGACAUCAGCUUUGCGCUCGUUGCAAUCAUCUACAAGGGUGUCCGACAUCCAUCAACGAGAAAACUUACAAUUGAAGUUUUACUCGACUUGCUACGAAUGUCCGCCAGCCCAGCUCAGCAAAGUGGAGAGGACGAGCCAUCAGUGGCUGAAGAAGGCAUCGCUUACUUUGUGGCGUUGCUCUCGAUUGUGGCAAACUCCCCAGAGGAGGCGAAGGGCGUCUUACUGGCCGCAGGUCUGCCGAUUGACGAGGAUGGUGUCGACUUGGGUUCCAUUCCCAUUUUCAGUCUGCUGUCUGUCCCUGACAAUCGCAGGGCAGUCCUGCUCAUAAGCCUGGUAGUUGCUCUUUUGAGUGGCUCUGGAGGGUCGGAUGCCGAGAAAGUCGUCUUGUAUCGACUACUUGCCGACGCUAGCGCCGAGCUUCCUGAAGUCGUCCGCAUGGUGUACUCGUCGUUGAUCCCGCGUAUCAUGUCUACUCUGGGUGCGACUUCCAACAUCUCGAUCAUCAAUUAUUCUACAGUCAUCCUCGAGCGAGCACUUAUGGACGACACUUACGCGUUCCCCAAUCUCUCUGCUAUCCCCAGUACCGACAGUAGCACUUCGCUGCCUUAUGGUCACGGCAAACCUUACGCCUCCAGUAUCAGCUCGACCCCCAGCGUCGUAGCUGGAACAAAAGAACAGUUGUUGGAAGACAUCGGUAUGAAGGGCCUGGGAGAGUUGGCUUUCCCCCAGGUCAAGACUGAUAGAUUGACAAUGAUGGCCAGAUGGGUUGCCUCGUUGAUCGAGAAUUUCACGAUAUGAUUCAGUUGUUUAUAAUUUCAUUUGUCUACAUUUUUUCCUUUUCUUUUUUGGGGGGAGGAUAUUAUAGCGCCCUGCAUUACAGGCAGACAAUCUCAUUUUCUCUUGGUCACUCCCCAUAUAUACCCGUUCUCUUGUGUCCUGAACACACUGUCAGGUACUACUAACGAUAUCACACACGCUCCUGCAACGCCUUGCUUCGAUAUCUAGAAUUUUAUAAAUAGGUUUCUGCUCGACAUGGACGGUCAUGCAUUUCGAAUUCAAGCAUCC